AGUUUCGUUUUAAUUUGUGUGACACGUUUUGGCCAACAUUUCCAAUAUCGAAGAAGAUUUUUUCCGAUAUGAAAAUUUUAAGUGUAUUCGUAUUGCUUCUCUUGGCAAAACCUUCAGAUGCAAAGAACACAAAAGGAUGUGGAACGAAGGCAGAUGUGAUGUUUGUUUUAGAUUCUUCUGGAAGCGUCGGAUCUUCUAACUGGCAAAUCAUGUUGAAAUUCGUUCAAAAUGUUAUCAAUAUAUUUACCAUCGGCAAAGAUGAUGUUCAAGUUGGUGUUGACAUCUAUUCAGGUGGUCCAUCUUCACAAAUAAAGUUAAACUCGUACCAUUCCAAAACACAACUUAUGAACGCGGUGAAAGGUAUUUCAUAUAUUGGCGGAGGAACAGCAACACAUCUUGGCAUACAACACAUGACUAAUACCAGUUUCUCCUCAUCAUACGGAAGCCGGUCUGGCGUUCCAAAGAUAGGGAUCAUUGUUACAGAUGGACAGUCUAAUUCUAAAGUUGAAACGCUGUCUGCUGCUAACGAUACCAAGAGUGAAGGAAUACUACUGUUUUCUAUUGGGAUUGGUAGUAGUACUGAUAGUGCAGAACUGAGGGGUAUAGCUAAUGACCCAGACAGUGAUUUUUACUUCACAGUGAACGACUUCAAAGCUUUGAAAUCUAUCGAAAGUAGCCUUGCUUCGAAAGCAUGCACAAUUUUCACGCCACGAUCUACUGGUUGCAACGCUGGAGCGGACCUCGUUUUCCUGGUCGAUAAUUCUGGCAGUGUUGGAUCCACCAACUUUCAAACCACUUUGAAGUUUAUGUCUGACAUAGUUGACGGCCUUGACAUUGCCAAAGACAAGUUUCAAGUUGGCGUAGUAACUUUUCAUACACCAGUUAAGGCGGAAUUUAACCUAGACAAGUAUCAGAGCAAGAAGGAUAUAAAGAAUGCCAUAAUGUCAAUCAAGUACGAGGGAGGGGGAACAAAUACCGGUGAUGCUAUUAAAUAUCUUCAUUCGACAUCGUUCGCCCACUCAUCAGGACACAGACCUGGACACCCAAUGAUUGGAAUUUUGAUAACAGACGGAUAUUCAUCAAAUAAAGCACAGACCAGAGAAGAGGCCAGGAAUGCCAGACUCAAAGGGAUAAGAAUGUUUUCUAUAGGAGUCGGUAGUUCUGUGGAUGCGACAGAAAUACAGAGUGUUGCCAGUGAACCAAAGAGCCAGUUUGUCUUCACAGCUGCUAAUUUCAAUUUGCUGAAAUCAAUCAAGACUAUAGUCUUGAGUAAAGCUUGCGAAGUCGCCGAUAUUACUUGUUGGGGAAAGACAGAUUUGGUAUUUGUCCUUGAAGAUUCUUGUCAUGUAGGGAAACAAAAUUUCCAGAAAAUGUUGGACAUUGUUGAAGACCUUGUUCAAGAAGUUCCGGUUGGCAAGGGAAAUGUACAAGUUGGUGUCAAUACGUUCAGAUGCACUGCUAGUACAGAAUUCGAAAUCGGAAAGUAUAAAAAGGGAAAAGACAUCAUCAGAGCUGUCAAUAAAAUAAAAUACACUGGGGGGAAGGUGAAUACUGGAAAAGCUAUUGAAUAUACAAGGAAAAACAGUUUCCCAGAUUCUCGCAGCAAUGCAAAGAAAAUGAUGAUCAUUCUAACAAAUGGAUCUGACAAGGGACUUUCUAAAACUCUGGGAGAAGCACAGAAGGCAAGAAACAGUGGGAUAAAAGUAAUGGUGAUUGGCAUUGGUUCACAUACAAACCAGGAACUGUUCAAGGAGAUGGCAACAGAGCCGUAUAACAAAUAUGUAUUCUCUGACUCAAGCUUUGAUCCUCUUCGAAACAUGCGAGAUGUUCUAAUACAACGGAAAUGUUCAGCAUAAGAGUUACAUUGCCAACAACGUGAUUGAUAAGAUGUCGUGAACUCAUACAAAGACUAAAGAAGAUUUGUUAUUUGCUUUCAAAAAUUAAAUUGCAUUUUGAAAUUUAA